CUAUUUGUGGAUAUACCUAAUGUGUGAGUGAAGAUUGAGUUAAAAACAUUAAAUUGAAGUGAUUUUGUACUAAAUUAAAUUUAGGUUUUUAAAAACAGAAUGUGAUAGUUCAGCAACAAAAUCGUCAAUGAUGGUUUGGAAUCAAUUUAUAGAAACUGACGAAACUGAGCUUGUGAGAUUGAGGGAAUAUACUGCAGUGGAACUAGAAGUGUAUGUUAUGACUGUAAUGAAACUUGCAAUUCUGAUGGAUGAGACUGCUACUCAUGAAACAUCUCUCAAAAUUGGAGCAUUGAUUGAUUGUUAUUUUAACAUAUACAUGUUUUCUAAUGAGGAAUUGUUAUCGGAUGAAGAAUUACUCGCUUUUCUAAAGGUUCAAACGACCCUUCUUAAAAAUUGUGAAAAUGAUAUGGAUUUGGAGCAGAAUCUUCAUUGUUUUCGGGAAGUAUUAAAGACAGAUGAAAACGACACGGGUUUGUUUGAGGCAAGAAAUUUAAAGAAAAUAAUAGAUUAUAUGUUAUUAAGCUUUUUUCAACAUUACCAACUUUACCGUAUGAUGCUCACACAAAACCAAGAAGUGAAAGAAAUAACUAAAGAGGUUUUAAUAGAUAUCGUUCCAACCGUUCAACUUUUCCCUCCUCCAUUGGAAGAAUCGAUUAGUAAAGAAUGGUAUGAUUUGUAUGUUAAUCCCGUCUGCGAAGAAGUGCCUGGAUGCAAUGAGGAGGAUCACAUGAACAGUGACGAAAAUGUUGAACAAGCAUCAAAUGAAACAGAAAUGGAAUCAACAGCUAACUUUGUUUUGUCUCACCUCGAUAAAGACGAAAUGAAAGAGCUUAUAACGAAAGUUGCACAAGAGAAGCUGACAGCAGCGAAGUUGGAAUUGGAAAAGAAGAUCAGUGAGAAAGAAACGUUGCUGUUAAAAUCACUCAACAAGCUGCAAAUGAAAUAGUUCAACAUCCCGGUUAGUUUAAUAGAUCGGUUAAACCGUUUAAUAACAAUCUCACAAGGAGUGUAUAAUUUAUUUUUCUUUAUUUUGUAAAAAAUAGUAUAACUUAAUGAUACUGUAUAGAGAAUGUAUAUAUGGUAAAAAUGAUUUAAAUCUUCUUUGCCAUAUCCUGAA